AUGGCUUCCGAAAAAGAAUUGACGUCACCACGGUUUAUUCCAUCAACUCGUUUCACAUUAGCUUUACUUGUUUCUUUUGCACUUUUCACUCAAUAUGCACAACGAGUUAGUUUAGCUAUGGGUAUUGUUUGUAUGGUUAAUAGAACAAAUAUAAAUACAGCAUUAAACAUAACAACAGAUUCUACUCAAAUUCAAAAUAAAACAACAAUAACAAGAACUAAAUAUGGAUCUCAAUAUCUAGAAGAUAAACAAUUUGUUUUGACUGAAUUUCAACAACAAAUUUUACUUGGUGCUCACUUUUUUGGAUAUCUUCUUACGUUAGCACCCGGUGGUUGGAUAUCGCUUAAAAUAGGUGCCAAACGGACGUUUGGUUUUGGUCUUCUAUUGAGUUCGAUAGCUACAUUAUCAAUGGUUACCAUUUAUUAUUUUCAUGAUAUGUAUUUUAUUCUUGCCGUUAUUUUUCGAGUCAUUACAGGUCUUGGUCAUGGUCCAUUAUUUCCGGCUACAUAUACUGUUUGGUCUAUGUGGGCUGUUCCUUUAGAAAGAAGUACUUUGACAUCAAUUGGAUUUUGUAGUACAAAUUUAGGCACAUCUGUAACAAUGUUAAUUGGUGGCCUCUUUUGUCGUUAUGUUAGUUCAGGAUGGAUUUAUAUAUUUCUUUUAACAAGUGUGUUUGGUUUCAUAUGGUUUCCAUUAUGGAUGUGGUUCGUAGCUGAUUCACCUCUAUCUCAUCGAACAAUCAGCGAACAAGAACGAAACUAUAUAUGUAAACAUAUUGGUAUUGGUAUAGAUAACAAUAAAAAGCGAUCUACUUCAUUUGCUUCUGUGCCUUGGAAAAAAGUUCUUCGUUCGAAACCUAUUAUUGCAUUAGUCAUCUCACAAUUUUGUAAUUUGUUUGGACUUUUCUUUUUCUAUACAAAUGUUGGUAAAUUAUUAACUGAAAUUCAUCGUGUUCCUGCUCAAAAAGCAGGAUAUGUUUUAGCUGGAGGUUUUAUAUUUAUGCCAAUAGUUAGUCUGUCAACUGGUGUUGCUGCUGAUCAUCUUGUACGAUCAAAUGUGAUGUCAUUGACUAAUGUUCGUAAAUUAUUUAAUUCUCUUACAUCAUUUAUUCCUGCAGCAUGUAUGAUUGUUCUUUGUUUUUGUGAUCAUACACAACAAUUACUUGGUAUCAUAACUGUAUUCAUAUUUCUUGUUGGUUCAGCUAUCGCUUAUGGUUCUGGUUAUGUUGUUAACUUUGGUGAUAUAGCUCCAGCCUAUUCAUCGAUUAUCUUUGCUGUAGCAAGUGCACUUGGAACAGUUGGUGCUCUUAUUAGUAAUCUUGUAGCAGGUCUUAUUAUAAAACAACCCAUUCUUGAUGAUUGGCGAAAACUUCUUGUAAUAUUUGCAAUAAUUUAUAUUAUUGGUGGUACUGUUUAUCUAUUAUAUGGAUCAGCAGUACCUCGAAAAUGGGCUAGAUUUCAAUCGGAAGAAUCGAAACAAAAUGAAGAAGAUAUGUCUUUAACAACAAUACCAUUGAAAACAGAUGAUUCACAUGUCACAAAGAAUAAUGAAAUUAGUUAA